CAGGGUGGGCCUUCAGUGUGAGAGCAACUUUGUCCAUGUAUCGGAUGCCUUUCGAUUCCCAACAUUAUCCACACAAAUCUAUAAAAUGGCAUCGGCUGUAGUGUAUCUGCCACGUAAUAGUAUCGCUACCAAAAAAAAGACUACUGCAACUAUCAAAGAAAAGACUGCCUUGGUGAAACAGCAGCCACCUGUAAAACAUCCUUUGCAAAAUAGUUGGGGUCUGUGGUUCUUCAAGAAUGACAAGCGUAGGACCUGGCAAGAGAACCUUCGUCUCAUCACCACCUUCCAUACUGUAGAGGAUUUUUGGGCGUUGUACAACAACAUCCAGCUCCCCAGCAAGCUCUCUUCAGGGUGUGACUAUUCAGUUUUCAGGCACGGCAUCAAGCCAAUGUGGGAGGACCGUAGCAACAAGGCAGGAGGCCGCUGGCUGGUGGCCGUGGCGAAGCAGCAGCGCCACACAGACUUGGACAGGUUUUGGCUGGAGACGCUGCUUUGUCUCAUCGGAGAGGGUUUUGGUGAACACAGUGCAGAUGUGUGUGGUGUGGUCAUCAAUGUUCGUGCCAAAGGGGACAAGAUUGCCGUGUGGACGGCUAACGCAGAGAGGGCUGCGGCCGUCAGGGAGAUCGGGCGUACGUUCAAGAAUCAGCUCGGCUUGUCGGACACCCUGGCCAUUGGCUACCAGGCUCAUGCAGACACGGCAACCAAGAGCAACUCUUCCACCAGGAAUAAGUUUGUGAUCUGAGGCGGAUGGUAGCAGGGGAAAUGACAGGUGUGUGUGUCCUUUUGUCUUUGUGCCUUUUUGUGUGUGUGUGAAAGAGAGAGAGAGUUUAAGUAAAAGCUUAAUUGUAUAUGAGCAGUAAGUGUUUUCCGUCUCUUUGAAUUAGUAUUGCUAUUGUUUCUCCGGUGGACGCAUGGAAAAUGUUUUUGAAAAUGGCCGGAGUUGAUUUUGUGGACGCCAACUCUGAUGCCUGCACAAAUAAGACCAAUGAUACUGAAAUGAUAUUUUUCAUUUUCAUUGCUAUUUAGUUAAUAGUUUAGUGGUUCUGGAAGAUAUCACAGAAUGUAUACUGUAACCCAGGGUUUAAGACUAGAGAGGCAGAGCUUGGUCUGUUUGCUUUUGUUUGUGCUGUGUUUUUGGUUAACUCAUUAUUUAAACAGUGUUGAUGCAAAGGUUGUUUAGUUCCAUUGUUUUGGAGGUUGUUAAUUUAUGAUGACUUUGUUUACAAAAUCAGGCUAUUGCUCAUUUAUUUAUGUUGACUUGCUCUGAUUUUCCAAAUGUCUUGAAAUAUUUCUAUUUGUCAAUAAAGAAAUGAGAUGUAAU